AUGGCCGCCCAGGCAGAGCCCUCAGUUGACGCCAGCGAUGUCAGCGACUUUGUUCUGGAGAAAAAGGGCAUCCGCGUGCGCGGCACGCCCAUGUACCUGGACAUGCAGGCCACGACCCCCGUGGACCCUCGGGUGACGGACGCCAUGAUCCCCUACUUCACGGAGCUGUAUGGCAACCCCCACUCUCGCACCCACUUCCUAGGAUGGGAGGCAGAGGACGCCGUGGAGAAGGCGCGGGCCCAGGUGGCUGGCCUGAUUGGGGCCGACCCCAAGGAGAUCGUGUUCACCUCGGGCGCGACGGAGUCCAACAACCUGGCGAUCAAGGGCGUGGCGGGUUUCUACCGGGACAGGAAGCGCCACAUCGUGACCACCCAGACCGAGCACAAGUGCGUGCUGGACUCGAGCCGGUACCUGCAAAACCGCGGGUUUGAGGUGACCUACCUCCCCGUGGGCCCCUCGGGCCUCGUGUCUGUGCAGGCGCUGGCCGACGCGCUGCGCCCCGACACCGCGCUCGUGUCGGUGAUGGCGGUGAACAACGAGAUCGGCACGGUGCAGCCUCUGGCGGAGAUCGGCGCGCUGUGCCGGCAGCGCAAAGUCUUCUUUCACACCGACGCCGCGCAGGCGGUGGGCAAGCUGCCGUUGGACGUCGACGCCAUGAAGAUCGACCUGCUGUCCAUCUCGGGGCACAAGCUGUACGGGCCCAAGGGCGUAGGCGCGCUCUAUGUCCGGCGCCGGCCGCGCGUGCGCCUGGAGGCCCAGAUCUCCGGCGGCGGGCAGGAGCGGGGGCUGAGGUCCGGCACCCUGCCCACGCCGCUGAUUGUGGGCCUGGGCAAGGCCUGCGAGAUCGCGGGGGAGGAGAUGGAGGCCGACAGCCGGCACAUCCAGGGGCUGGCGCGGCGCCUCUACGACGGCAUCACCAGCCAGCUCGCGGGCGUGGUGCUAAACGGCGACGAGCAGGCGCGUUACUGGGGCAACGUCAAUCUCUCCUUUGCGUAUGUAGAGGGCGAGUCGCUGCUGAUGGGCCUCAAGGACGUGGCGGUGUCCAGUGGGUCGGCCUGCACCUCUGCCAGCCUGGAGCCGUCCUACGUCCUGCGCGCACUGGGGGUGGAGGAGGACAUGGCGCACACCAGCAUCCGGUUUGGGCUGGGGCGCUUCACCACCGCCGCUGAGGUGGACGCGGCCGUGGAAGCCACCGUGCGCCACGUCAACAAGCUGCGCGAGAUGAGCCCGCUGUGGGAGAUGGUGCAGGAGGGCGUUGACAUCAAGUCCAUCCAGUGGAGCCAGCACUGA